GACUGAAGUCGUUGAGUUGAGGUUGUUUGUUGUAUAGUUCAUAAUUCAAAGUGUUGUGUAUCAAUGUUCUUCCUUCACCAGCGGCAACAUCUAAAACCCACUCUCUCUUAUUUCAGCAUUUGAAGUAUAUGAUCAUGAACCCAAUCGGAGAACAAAUGACAAAUGGUGAGACUGUGGAGAAUGAAGAGGAAAGGUUACUGAAGAACGAAAAUAGUGGAGGAGAUGAUGACCCUAAGAUUAACUACAGAGGGUGGAAGGUCAUGCCCUUCAUUAUUGGAAAUGAGAUUUUUGAGAAGCUAGGAGCCAUUGGUACUCUAUCCAAUCUUUUGGUCUAUUUCACUACAGUCUUCAACUUGGAAAACAUCGAGGCUACAAAUAUUAUCAACAUCUUCAACGGCAGCACAAACUUUGCAACAUUGUUAGGAGCUUUUUCCUCUGAUGCCUUUUUUGGUCGCUACAAGACACUGGCAUUCUGCACCGCAGCAUCCUUUCUGGGUUUGCUUGUAAUACAACUAACAGCAGCAGUUGAGAAGCUGCAUCCACCUCCAUGUGAAGAACACACCACAUGCCAAGGGCCAACAGAUUGGCAAAAGACAGUUCUAAAGACUGGUUUAGGAUUAUUGAUGGUAGGAGCUGCAGGGAUCCGACCAUGUAACUUAGCAUUUGGAGCUGAUCAGUUUAAUCCUAACACAGAUUCUGGGAAAAAGGGGAUCAGCAGCUUCUUCACAUGGUACUAUUUCACUUUCACUAUUGCUCAGAUGGUUUCCUUAACAAUUAUUGUCUACAUACAGUCAAAUGUAAGUUGGGCAGUCGGUUUGGGAAUUCCUGCAGCUCUGAUGUUUUUGUCGUCUGUAAUCUUCUUCAUGGGGGAAAAAAUGUAUGUGAAAGUUAAACCAAGUGGUAGUCCCAUAACUAGUAUAGUGCAAGUUAUUGUGGUUGCAACAAAGAAAAGGAGGCUGAAGCUCCCAGAAUAUCUAUAUCCUUCCCUCUUCAACUAUGUGCCUCCCAAGUCAUUGAAUUCUAAACUUCCAUAUACUUAUCAGUUCAGGUCCCUUGACAAAGCGGCAAUCAUGACCCCACAAGAUCAAAUAAAUCCCAACGGAUCUGCUUCUGAUCCUUGGAAUCUAUGCAGUAUGCAACAAGUGGAAGAGAUGAAAUGCUUGUUGAGAGUGUUGCCCAUAUGGGUUUCAGCCGUUUUUUACUAUGUUGUUAUCGUCCAACAGCACACUAUUUUAGUGUUCCAAGCCCUUCUAUCUGACCGGCGUAUUGGGCAAAGCGAGUUCAUGAUCCCGGGAGCAUCCUACUAUGUCUUUCUGAUGAUUAGUUUAGCAAUUUGGUUGCCCAUUUAUGACCGAAAAGUUGUUCCUUUUCUCCAAAGGAUCACUCGAAAAGAAGGUGGCAUCACACUCCUUCAGAGGAUGGGCAUUGGCAUAUUCUUUGCUAUACUCAGCAUGCUAGUAUCUGCCAUAGUUGAAGAGCGACGUAGAACUUUGGCUCUUACUAAACCCUUAGAAGUGGAAACGAGAAAAGGCGCAAUUUCAUCAAUGUCCGGUCUGUGGUUGAUUCCUCAGCUGACAUUGGCUGGACUAGCAGAAGCGUUCAUGUCUGUUGCACAGAUUGAAUUUUACUACAAACAAUUUCCUGAGAACAUGAGAAGCAUUGCAGGAUCUCUUUUCUACGCUGCACAUGCAGGGUCGAGUUAUUUGAGUAGUAUGCUUAUUUCAGUUAUCCACCAUAUCACUGCGAGAUCUGAAACUGGGAGUUGGUUGCCGGAGGAUCUGAACAAGGGUAGAUUGGAUAACUUCUAUCUCAUCAUUGCAGCUUUAGAAAUUGUAAAUUUAGGCUACUUUGUGUUAUGUGCACAGUGGUAUAGGUACAAAGGGACGGACAACAGUUCAAUCGAACUCGAUAAAGUGAUAAAACAGUCUGAAAGAAGCGGUAAUGACUUGAGUCUAUAGCUAUAGGCUGCAAUAAUCUUUCACUCUUCAUGGCCGAAAAUUGAAAUCUAGUUUUCAUCAAGUGGAGUCACAAGCAGCAUAAAGAUCAUUAUCAAAUAGAAUAUAGCAACAAAAACACAGUUUGUGCUUUUUCAAUCUGAUAGAUUUUCUUGGUAUAGGUAGUUGAGGUACAAUAUUUUUAGGGAAAAGGUAGCUUCAUCUAAGGCGUUUGUCUUAAAGAACUUGAUGGACGCAAAAAGUAAAAUUACACAUUGACAUGGUGGUUAAAUUUUUCUUUGUUUUGCUUCCUACAUAUUAAAUUAAAUUUUCCUUAUCAAACUUUC